AUGCACUUGGAUUCUACAAAGAAAUUAAAGGAUGUUCUUGAAGAAUUCCAUGGUAAUGGUGUGCUUGCAAAGUAUAAUCCUGAAGGGAAACAAGACAUUCUUAACCAAACAAUAGAUUUUGAAGGUUUCAAGCUAUUCAUGAAGACGUUCCUGGAAGCCGAGCUUCCCGAUGAUUUCACAGCACACCUUUUCAUGUCAUUUAGCAACAAGUUUCCUCAUUCUAGUCCAAUGGUAAAAAGUAAGCCUGCUCUCCUUUCGGGUGGUCUGAGGAUGAGUAAAGGUGCCAUCACCCCUCCCCGAAGUUCUCCUGUGUCUUCGUGUUCCCCGGAAGUCAUCCAUCUGAAGGACAUUGUCUGUUACCUGUCUCUCCUUGAAAGAGGAAGACCUGAGGAUAAACUUGAAUUUAUGUUUCGCCUUUAUGACACGGAUGGAAAUGGCUUCCUGGACAGCUCGGAGCUAGAGAAUAUCAUCAGUCAGAUGAUGCAUGUUGCAGAGUAUCUUGAAUGGGAUGUCACUGAACUUAAUCCAAUCCUCCAUGAAAUGAUGGAAGAAAUUGACUACGAUCAUGAUGGAACAGUGUCUCUGGAGGAAUGGAUUCAAGGUGGAAUGACAACGAUUCCACUUCUUGUGCUCCUGGGCUUGGAAAACAACGUGAAGGAUGACGGACAGCAUGUGUGGCGACUCAAGCAUUUUAACAAGCCUGCCUACUGCAAUCUCUGCCUGAACAUGCUGAUCGGUGUAGGGAAACAGGGCCUCUGCUGCUCCUUCUGCAAGUACACAGUCCAUGAGCGCUGUGUGGCGAGAGCACCUCCCUCUUGCAUCAAGACCUAUGUGAAGUCCAAAAAGAACACUGAUGUCAUGCACCAUUACUGGGUUGAAGGCAACUGUCCAACUAAAUGUGAUAAAUGCCACAAAACUGUUAAAUGUUACCAGGGCCUAACGGGACUGCAUUGUGUUUGGUGUCAGAUCACACUUCAUAAUAAAUGUGCUUCUCAUCUAAAACCUGAAUGUGACUGUGGACCUUUGAAGGACCAUAUUUUACCACCCACAACAAUCUGUCCCGUGGUACUGCAGAAUCUGCCCACUUCAGGAGUUUCAGUUCCUGAGGAAAGACAAGCAACAGUGAAAAAGGAAAAGGGCAGUUCCCAGCCGCCAAACAAAGUCUCCGACAGGAACAAAAUGCAAAGAGCCAACUCUGUUACUGUAGAUGGACAAGGCCUGCAGAUUACUCCCAUUCCUGGUACUCAUCCACUUUUAGUUUUUGUGAACCCCAAAAGUGGUGGGAAGCAAGGAGAACGAAUUUACAGAAAAUUCCAGUAUCUACUAAAUCCUCGUCAGGUUUACAGUCUUGCUGGAAAUGGACCGAUGCCAGGAUUAAACUUUUUCCGCGAUGUUCCUGACUUCAGAGUGUUAGCUUGUGGUGGAGAUGGAACCGUGGGCUGGAUUUUGGAUUGCAUAGAAAAGGCCAAUGUAGUCAAGCAUCCUCCAGUUGCAAUUCUGCCUCUUGGGACUGGCAAUGACCUAGCAAGAUGCCUGCGCUGGGGAGGAGGUUAUGAAGGUGAGAAUCUGAUGAAAAUCUUAAAAGACAUUGAAAACAGCACAGAAAUCAUGUUGGACAGGUGGAAGUUUGAAGUCAUACCUAAUGACAAAGAUGAGAAGGGAGACCCAGUGCCUUACACUAUCAUCAAUAAUUACUUUUCCAUUGGCGUGGAUGCCUCCAUUGCACACAGAUUCCACAUCAUGAGAGAAAAACACCCUGAGAAAUUCAACAGUAGAAUGAAAAACAAAUUUUGGUAUUUUGAAUUCGGCACAUCUGAAACUUUCUCAGCUACCUGCAAAAAGCUUCAUGAAUCUGUAGAAAUAGAAUGUGAUGGAGUACAGAUAGAUUUAAUAAAUAUCUCUCUGGAAGGAAUUGCUAUUUUGAAUAUACCAAGCAUGCACGGAGGAUCCAAUCUUUGGGGAGAGUCUAAGAAAAGACGAAGCCAUCGACGAAUAGAGAAAAAAGGGUCUGACAAAAGGACCACGCUCACCGAUGCCAAAGAGUUGAAGUUUGCAAGUCAGGAUCUGAGUGACCAGCUGCUGGAGGUGGUUGGCUUGGAAGGAGCCAUGGAGAUGGGGCAAAUAUACACAGGACUGAAAAGUGCUGGCCGGCGGCUGGCUCAGUGCUCUUCCGUGGUCAUCAGGACUAGCAAGUCUCUGCCAAUGCAGAUCGAUGGGGAACCGUGGAUGCAGACUCCAUGCACAAUAAAAAUCACACACAAGAACCAAGCCCCAAUGCUGAUGGGCCCUCCUCCAAAAACCGGGUUAUUCUGCUCUCUCGUCAAAAGAACAAGAAACCGAAGCAAGGAGUAAUCCUGUAUCGUUUCAUUCUUAGAAACCUAAUUAGCAUAAUUGGGCCAUGGAACAUUUACACUGGAAAUCUUUUCAAGUCUGCUCAUGCAAAAUCAUGGAAUUGGUUUAACAGUUUUUGUUACUGAGCUAACGUAAAAUUCAGCUAUUAGAAAAUUUAUUGUCUUGGUUUUUAUAGGCAUCUUUGCAUGAGGAAAGCAGAAGUUUACAUGAAGUGAUAUUACAUAUUUUCGUUGCAUGUAAUCCCAUAGAUUUUUAUGUCUCCCACCUAUCUUUCCCAAUUUCCAUUUACUAACCUGUGAGGAAAACCUGUGAAACGUAAAAAAAGAAAUACCAUGGGAAAUGUGAUUCUCAGUGUGAUUCCAAUUAUAAGUAUGUGCUAAUCAGUAACUCUAAAAUGAUUGUAAUUGCAGAUCGGUAGACUUUUCCCUUUUAGAACCAAUGUAUCAAUGAUCUUUGAUCUAUGACUUGAGGAAAAACUUUUAAUUCAAAGAUUUUAUUAAAUAGUUGUCUACAAUAACUUGCUAUAUCUAAAUAGUUUUCUUCAACAUCUUAACUCUUCUGAGUGGAACUUAAAAUAUCAGGUAUAAAGUUUUCUUGUGCUUGAAAAAUAGAAAAUCGUUUUAAUUUUUCUUUAGUUUUGUUUCUAAUUCCGGAAAUAAGUGAAAACCUGUUACUUGGCAAUAAAGUGUGGUAAUAUAACAAGCCUUAUUCCUUUCUGCAUGAGACUCUAGAAGAAAAUUUAUAAUCACAUUAGUAACCAAAUAGAUGUUUUAAACUAUGUGCCUAAUGAAUGUGUUUCCCACCAAAGAUUCAGAAAAAGAUGUUGGAGAGAAUUGGGUUAAUGCAUAAUUAAUUAAGCAUUGUGGAGCAGAUUUAUGGUUCUUAUGAUUAAUUUUGUGAUGACUAAAAUGCUGGAAGAGAGUGAGUUAUCUAUUAAUUAUGAUUAAAAUUCUCACUUUUCACAGACAAUAGGCCAUACAAUGCAGUCAAAGCUCAGAAGCUGAUUUCUUGCUUUUUUUUUUUGGUCAAUUAAAAAUAUAAGUGUCUGUAAGUUUUUAAUGGAUCAGUUAUGUACACUAGAAGAAAGUAAAUGAUUGUAUCCAUUCCUUUCUAGUAAUAAUACUGAGUUCAUUGAAAGCAAAUCAUGCAUGCAAUUAGUCCCCUUGUCCUCAUCUACUCCACUCCCAUCUCUAUGACAUUUCAAAUGUUUAUUUGGAAAUAAUGGCAUAGAUCACUGUUUAAGGUGUUCAUGGCAUGGUUGUAUUCUGUGUUUAAAGAAAUCAUGGAAUGGUAUUUCCUAGUGUUUCAUUAAGCCUGUGCUACAAAAUGAAAUGCUCUGAGCAGUCUUGGUAUUGUUCACUCACGUUGACCUGCAUCUGAUCACUGCAUGUUUUAUGUUUUCAAACAUGCCACAAGGAAAACAAAUGCUUGAAAUGCAUGAUUUAUUAGUUUUCUCUCCACUCUGCAUUAAAGUGCUAAUGAUUUAUCAGUUCUACUUUUCUAUUGAUUCAUUCAUCUUUGAAUAACAAAUAGCAUUUAGUGAUUCUCUUGAACACAAUCCUGUGCAUGGAUUUAUGGAUUUCAAGUGAAAUUGCUAUAAUUUCAGUUCUUUGACUUGAAAACUCUACUGAAUGCUGUUUUAUCAAAUAGCUUCUAUCAAGCAAUGUACUAUGAUGGAAGAUUACAUAUAAAGUAUAUUCUUUUAGUGUUCCAGGAAUAUUGGAUGGUAAAUAUCAAUCAACAAUAAGUUUAAUUGCUUUAAAAACAAAAGCUUUUGAAUAAAAUUAAGACAUAAUUUAGCAUUCCCAGGAAAAUUAUGAUUACAAUUGCAAAUUUAGUACAGCAAUCACAUGUCCCAGUAUUUAAAAAGAAAAAAAAAAAAAAGUUGUUUGGCAGAGCAGUAAUCUAGACUAAAAGAAAUCUCAAAACAGUAACAAAUGCAUUACUGACAUAAUGUUACUUAACCCACACACUGGUUUUGUGUAUCUAUGGUUACAGGUAAUAAAUAUUUUCACAUGAAUUGACAAAAUUUUCUACAAUAGGCAGGCAGGCAGGCUUUGUGUCAUAAACACAUUUUGAAACCACAAAUUAUUUUAUGUUUGGUACAACAUACAAUUAUUUCUUGGCUACCUUUUAUAGUAUAUGGUUUGAAGGCAGCAACAGUGUGUGAAUCAUUCUUAACAAUCUGUGCAACAGCAAGCUGUUGAAUAGACAAUGGAAUGAGACAAAUUAAGCAACCUGCCCAUAAGAUUUCAAAAAUUCAAAUAAUGGGAUGCAGCUCCACUUUGAUGUAGCUGUAUAACUACAGUGAGUGCUAAUAGUGGUUACAUUUUCCAUCAGAUGGAUUCAUGGGUACUGAUCAUAAACAUUCAAAUAUUCAUCAAAUUUGUCUUUUCUCAACUCAUUUCUUAAAGAUAUUGAUGUGCUUGCCCUUCAAGUACACUACUCCUGGGGUUUGGAAAGUAGUUUUUAAAACCUGGUUUGAUGGUUUUGAAAUUAGAGAAGAUAUUCUCUAAUAUGACAGUUUCAUUUGAAAAAUGUAUAUUUUAAGGAAAAUUCUAAAUUGAAAGUUCUAUGGUAUAUUAAAAUUUUAAAUAAUGAAUGUUAGCUUCACAAGAUGAAAACUUUUCUUCUAUGUGAGUGGGUGAGUGAGUUGUUGAGUUAACCUCUUUUAAAUAUAGUAGACAUUGUGGUAUAAAGCUUUGAGUAGAUGAAGCUCUUAAGUGAAAAUUAACACUGGACCUAGGGAGUAAGUUCAGUUUUAAUUGGACUUACCAAGGGGAAAAGAGGUAUGCACUGUGCUGAAUAUUGCCAUACACUACGAUGGUAAACAAUGAGAAAUGCCAGAAUAAACCUACUUCUAAGAAAUAGAAAUGGAGGUGUCUAUGUAGAAUCAGAAAUGUUAAAGGAUAUAAAUGUAUUUUUCCACUUCCAUGUGUAUACCAUGUAUAUUUGAUGUGAAAAGUACUGGUCAAUUUAUUCCAAUGGAAGGUGAUACCUUCUAGAAAGUAAAAAAAAAAAUAACAUUGUAAAACAGUUUUCAGCUUUAAACAAGUCAUGUAAUCAUAGCCAGAGUAAAAUAAAAGGCUUAGAUGGUUGGUGUAAGAAGAGAUAGUCCAUUGCAGGCAGAUAUGUAAAUCCAGUGAGGACUAAUGAAUCACGUGCAUGUUUCUGCAUUUUGUUACAUUUUCCUUUUUUAGGGGAUAGGAAGCGAUUGGAAUUUUCAAGGAAAAACCUGUUUUGAAUCUCAGACUGUAUUCUAUUAGAAAGAGAAGACUUUUAGAUGGCUCUAUUCCUUUUUCUGUCAGCAUUAGUUUGUUGCCCAUUGGUUAUAAAAAGGAAAAUGGACUUUUCAUGACAUAUAACCCCCAAAGAGUUAUUCAAUACCAAACUUAUACUUUCCAUUAAAAGAUUAAACUCUUGUAAGAUACAUUGAGGUUGUAAUAUUUAAGAAAAUAGAGACCAGUAAAAGAGCUUUCAUUUUGCGAAAGGCAGAAAUCACCCCUUAAAACUCCCAAUUAAAUUGUACUGUAUUUAAAUAAAGUUUGAAUAAACUUACAUUUGAAAGAUUCUAUACAUUCUAUUGUGUUUAAAAACAUGGGAUUAAUUUAAUUACAGUAUCUUGAUUAUUUUCUCAGAAAGUGAUAUAUACAAUAUCCUACUUUUUGAAAUAAAAAUGUUAACCACUC